UGUAAGAACUGGAGGAUGGUAAUGGGUGCUGGCCCAAAUCCAUGUCAGGUUGCCCUGCCCUUUGCUCACAGGCUGACUUACAUGGAGGAGGUAUUUGAACUCAAGUUCUUUGAUGUCCAGUGCUCCUCCUGACCCCCUUGAUCUGUUGAAUCGGCAGCUUUGGGAAGGGCAGGAAUGAUGCCACAGAGUUAUGGUCCUCCUCCUUUUCCACAGGAGAGGCUCAGUGGUGCACACAGCUCUUGGUGAAAAUGUCAUUUUCCCGUUCUCUACUCAACACUCAUAAAUAUCCCAGUGAAAGAUCGGACAGAAUUGUCUUGAUGAUCUUCUGAAAAGUGCACGGAUCUUUUCCAUAGCCCUCAGAUUUUGGUAGAGUGAUGUAAAUCACAAUUCUACACAGGAUUAGCAAUCAAAGAGCAUUAUGAAUCAAUCUGAGACUUUGUCUUAACCUUAGCCCCUCUUAGAUUGCUGACCUACAUAUUCCAGCUUUCACUUUAACUGCUUCACCAGGAAUGGGCUUUGUUUCUGAGUUAAAGGUGGCCCAGCUGCUAGAGAUCUUUGUGUUUGAAGAACAUUUUCAUUGAGAUUAUGUAGGGAUUUACUAAAACUCCUGGUGACUUCAGAUGUGCUUGAAGUCUGUGCUGCUUGACUGUCAAUGAAGUGUGAAAUGUAAGUGGUUCCUUUGAAUGUUCUUUUAAUUGUGCUCAUGAAAAACCUAGAAGAUGAAAUAAGAUGCUUUCAGUAUAAAAUGCUCUUAGAUGUCUAGCCAGCAGAGACCAUUGUUAUCAGAUCCUCUAAUCACUUUUGUGAUUAAAAACCUUGGAAAAACUUAUAUAUUUGAGCCAGUUGCUUAUAGGUAAGAAAGAAGUUUUAUUGCCUUUCUGAAGUAUGUUCUGCAAGCUCAGCCUUUAGUGAGACGUAAGCCCAAAGCUUCUUCUGUAUAACCUCUCCCUGCGGGUCACUGAUGAUAUUGAUGUUAAUGCAUAUCUACUUCUUCCACUUACAGAUGAAUUUUCCUACUGGUUCCAGAGUGAGGAGGUGAACGAUGAUAAAAAGGAGAGUCCAGAACUGGGUCUGCAAAACAGUGACUCGGUUGUUUUAAGGCAGCACUUAAACCCAUUCCUAGCUGUCAUUAUGAUUUCAGCUCUGUGGAAUAGAUCCCUUGGUUUGAAGAAUGCUGGGAAGCAACAAGAAGUGCAUGUACUGGUGUGCUUGUGCUUCCCAGCAUGUACCAGUAGACUGCACAUGGGCCAGGAGCUUGUCUGUGAAACUAGAACUGGGAUUCGUGAAAUUGGAAGAGAGGAAGUCUGUCCUCUGGUUUUGUCUCAGCAGGUUCCAAGUGCUGCCUCUGUCUAGCUUGGGUUUGCUGGUCCCUCUGCAGCAUUUGGAAGCUGCCUGAGGUGCUUGGCUUGGGGUGUCUCUGAACUUGCAGCUCUACCAGUAAGUUAUCAGAUGUUCUUAAAUAUUUGCUCGUGGUCUGUAGCUCACAAGUUACCACAGUGUCCGUUCUCAAGCAGAGGUUGUGCAGAAAGCUGCAACACAGCAUUUGGCUGUUUCUUUUUCUGUAGUAGCUGAAGAAAGGUCUGUUGGUGAGACCUGUAUUUAAAGUGGAAACACUGCACAGAACAUCCCCCCCCUUUUACCAACAGGAUGCUGAAGUGCAGGGAGGUCUUUGCUUUUUGUAUGUUGUCUCCUGUUCCCCAGACUCCUUUGCCUGGGAAUGGUGCAUUGGUACAGGCAGAGGAGAGCUCUGGGCCAGACUGUGCUCCUGACUGUUCUUCUGUGCUCCUGAUGUGUGUUCCCACCGGGCACUGGCAGCUACUGCAAACGAACUGAGGGAAGCUGGUGCUGGUGCGUGCCUCGGUCUGCCGGAGGAAGUGGAGAGCCCAAACCAUCCAGCACAGGAUGCCAAUCUGGCUGGCUGUAUUUUGCACACUGAGCUGUUCAGCAGCUCCCAUGGCACUGGCAGGAGUGUUUGUCAGACAGCCCAGGCUUAUGCCUGGGACUCCUGGGGGUGAGGGAAACAAGUUAGUGCUCCCCUCAUCAGUAUUGCAUCCGUCCUCUUAGGAUUGCUGCAGCAGUUUGGAUUUUCAGCUGUAGAAUUUUGCAGAAAAAUAGAGAUUGUUGACAGCAGGGUUUAACUUAUUAAUAUGCAUUAUGACUUGCCUUUGUCUUUGUGGUACAGCACUUGCUGAUUAGGCAACCAAAGGUGUUCCAAUCAGCCUGACUUCGUUCGCUGGAUUUUCUGCAAAUAACCUGCGUGUGCCAGCAGAGUCCUGAGUCUGUGGGGAGAGUGUGGUGAUGCCCACUGGGAUGGGAUGACAUUAAAAAUUGCCAUGGCAGUCAUGCAGCAACGAUAGCUGCUUUCUAAAGUGGAUCUCCUGGGGACUAAAAGAAAUCUGUAGUCCUGGUUUCCUCGUGCUCAUCUCAAGGACCUGCUUUUUACCUUGGAAUAAUCUUUAAUGGGCAGUACCAGAGUAAUUUUUUUCCUACCCCUACAUUUGUUUAUAAAGCAGAAUCCUCAGGAAAGUCUUCGAGCUCUGUGCCUUCUGAGCACAGUGGCUGAGGCACAGAGCACUUCGAAAGCAAUUAGUUUGCAUUUUAAAUAAAUAAAUAAGAAUCACUGAUUGCUCAGAGAAGGUGCCUUUGCUCUGAGUUGCAUUGCCUAGCAAGACUGAAAAUUUGAGGAUAAUCCUUUGUUACAUAAGUUGGGUUGUUAAUGUUUAUUUGUUUGGUUUUAGGGAUUUCUUGUCAUUCCCCAAAGGUUUAGUUCUGCAGAACUACUUACAUAUAUACAUAACAUAACUUUGGUUCAGCAGUAGAGAAUAACUGUCUAAAUUCUUGGUUAUCCCGCUGACCUGACUGUAAUCCUGCCAUCCUUUGUGCUUGCAAGGGGUCUUAAAGAAAUUAGAAAUUUAGAUGUACGAGAUCGUAAUAGCUGGGAUAAAGCUAAUCUCACUGUUGCUUGUGUGAGACCCCACAUGCAGUGCUGCUUCCAGCUCUGGGGUCUGCAGCACAGGAAGGACAUGGACCUGUUGGAGCAAGUCUGGAGGAGGCCACCAGAAUGAUUAGAGGGAUGGAGCAGCUCUGCUAUGAGGAAAGGCUGAGAGAAUUGGGAUUGUUCAGCCUGGAGAAGAGAAGUGUUAGGGGUGACCUAAUUGCAGCCUUCCAGUACUUGAAGGGAGCCUGCAAGAAAGGUGGAUCUCCAACAAACGCUGCAGGGGCAGGCUUUAGUGGAACACAGGUGGGAUUCAGGUUGAAGGAAUCGGGAGCACAGAUGAAAUAGUCCCCUGGGUGUGUUUUAAUUGGAGGCAGGGGGAUUCCCAAAGGCAAAAAUGGCAUUGAUAGAAAUAAGUGUUGCUUUUGCCUGUGACAUGAAAGGGUAUUUUGAGAGCCGUGGGAGUGCCCAGCUGGAGAGCAAAGAACAGCAGUGCUGGAAGGCCACUUUGAUUCAGGAAUGCCUUGUGUGAUGGGUUAGUCAGGCUUUCUGCCUCGUCCUACAAAGUGAAGGAUCACUGGCAUUUUCAGGCUCCUCGAUUUAAUUUAACCUGUAAUUAAAGAACAGCCGUCUUGAAUCCUGCAGACUGAGCAGCUCACCUCUGGAUGGAGGAGUCUGAAAAGGUGCUGGAGAUUUGGCACUGAGCAGUGGCUCCAUGUGAUGUGGGCACAUCACACACAUCUGGCCUGCUUUAACAGAGGGGUCUGAAAAGUGCAGAGAGGAGGGAGAGUUGCAUGGAAAGAAUCUAAUUUUCUUUGGAUCUGUGUGCUGGCUUUCAGAGCAGUCACUAAUUCUGUCUUCUAUUUUAUUCUUUUAUAAUAGCGUGGGUGUGGACUGGGAAUUAUUUUAGGCCCUGUGGAUGUGGCUCAGCAAUUUCAAAUGUGGUUCAAAGUGUGUUUUUAAAAACCAACGGAAACUCCUUCAAAUCUGCACCUGGGGUAAAAAUCAAUUUAAUUUUUCAGUGUGUCAUAGCUCACCUCUGCUUUCUCACUUUCAAUUUUGGAAACUUCUUAUCAUUUUGUAAAUCACUUUACAAAACACCCCUAUCUUUCAGUUGAACUUUGUACUCUAAGGUUGAGAAGUUUUCCUAGUUAUUAGGGAGUGCAAUUGGCUAACUAUUUUAUUAAAUAUUCAUGGAUGGAUUGUUUAAUUAGACAGAGGAUCAUAUACUUGCAAUCUAAGGAGAAAAAUUCAGAAAGCUUAAUUAAAGAUUAGUUGUGAAAUUUGGUGUCGGAAAUGAUGUUAAGUUUCAGUGUGGACACUUAAUUAAAAUCAGUUUAGUUCAUGCUGGAAGUAAAUAGGAAUGAAGGAAAUUUAAGCUUACCAUAGCUACAGAUGUGGGGGUGUACCAAGGUCAUUAAUGCAUGUUAACUCAUACUUUUAAAAUUAAUUCCUGACAUUAAUUUGGCUUGAUUCUUCCUAUCUGUCUCCAUGCAGACAACACUCUGGAAGCCUCACAUUUUUGAGGUAUUGCAGAAAUGACUUCUCCCCACUAUUCCUUUGCAGCAUCUGAGCUGAGAUUUUACACUGGGUGAGGACAGCAAGUCAAGCCCUGCAGGUGAUGUUUGAAAUGUGUAAUUUUCCUCUAAUCGUUGCCUGGCUGGUGCCUGCGUUUCACAUCUGUGCAGUGCCCUCAGGCGUGACCGUCAUGGCCUGCCGUGCUGCACCAGGGCUGAGCGGUGGGGUGGCUGCCUGGGAGCCUGCAGGGCAGGAAAGGGCUCUGCCCCAGCCCCUUCUGCUCACGGCUUAGCUCUGCUGCAGCAGGGUUUAGGCUGAGCCUCAGCCCUCCCCAUCUGUCAGAACCCUCAUUGGGCGGUGCUUGGCCUGCUCAGCACCUCGUCUGGGUCUGGCAGCUGAGCUGAUGAAACCAGUCACUGCUGUCAGGAGAUCUCAGAUCUUUCUUCCCAGCUCCUACCCAUGUGGAUCUCCCCUGGAUGCCAUAACUCCCUGAUCUGAAAGAAAAUGAACCUGGGGUGUGACUGAACAUGGCACAGGGUUUGCAGUAGGUGGAGGGGGCAGCUGUGACCAUGCUGCCAGUCCCCGUGUCCCCCAGUCAUGCAGCCCCAGCGUGUGCUGUUCUGGGCCAGCUGGUGCUGGGGACUUUGGGAUGAUGGUGGUCAUGACUUCUGGAGAGCCUGAGCCACCAUGGCUGCCCUAAGGCCGCCUGCCAGGGCUUUGGUAAGCACGGGCUGUGCUGGUGGGAAGGGUUCUGUCACUGGCUUUGUCCAUUGCUGGCUGUUUUUCUGAAGUGAAAACACUCAGCCUGGGAGUGAAGGUUAUCAUGUCCUGCUUCUCCCCACCUGAGGUUGCCCCACAGGCUAUUGCAUGUUUUAAUGCUGUGUGUCACAAUCUUGAAGUUGUUUUAAAGCAUUUUCUUCAGCUAAAUUCCUGGCUAGCCGUAUGCUCCAAGAAACCUGCUCUUCCUUCCAGUAUUGCUCCUUCUAGCCCAUUUCAGUUCUUGGCAGAUUCCUAAGCUGCCAUCUCCUAGAGAGAUUUGGGUCUCCCUGGUCAUUGAGCAUCUCUUAGCCCUCCCACAUCCUUGGCUUGCUUUCUUUUAUGUUUCAUGAAAACAAACUCCAGGAAAAAAAAAAAAAGGCAGCCACAAAACAACCAAAAAACCCAAACCCCUCUUCAAAUGUCCAGAUCCAUUCUACCUCUUCUCUGUAGUUGCACUUGUUAUCUUUCUGAAAACUGAACUUAGCUGUUGGUUACUGUUACCAGUAGUUCUAACGAAAUUUUUUAUAGCUGGUUACGAGGAGCCUAUUAGCUGUGUGUUUGUGUCAAAAAGUAGGUGUAAUGGUUUGGAGCAGAUAAGCUGCAAAAUCUACCCCAUUAAAAAAAGCCUGUGGAGAAGCUACUUUGGUGUUACUCACUGGAAAAAUGAGCAAUUCUUCAACUCUGGUUUGGGGAGCAGGAUCAAGGAAGUUGAAUUCAUCUUGAGCAAGAUGGAUUUGAAAUGAAAAUAUUGGUCUUUGUAGUAUCUUGUCUGAGGAAAGCAGUGAGAAACUUCUGCUUAUUUGGUAGUUGUGGAAAAAGAUCCUGGUGGGAUAAUGCCUAGAUAAGACUGCUGCUGAGUGAGAGAUUGGAUUAGCCAUAAUUUGCACAGGUCAUUUCCCUCCCCUGCCAUGGUGAACUGCACUGCGUUAGGGUCCUUGAAUGGUUCAAGCUGGCAUUAAUUUGAGUUAUGGACAUAUUGGGACCUCUUCCUAAGCUCUGUGUGCUUGGGUUCCCUGCUGAGAGCAGAAACCUGAGCUGCUGGACUCGAGGUGAAACAUAUGCCAGGCCAUGCACAUACACUGGAAACUUGCCCAAGGCAGGAUAAUUAUGGGAGGCAGCUUUUUUCGAGCGGACUGUGUGCUCUCACUUGCUAAACAGUCUUGUGAUUAAUGGCUCAUUUAAGAGGAUUUUAGGACACGUGCUGCAGUUGCACUGAGUUUCUUUUAGAAGUGGGGGAGAGGUUAGAAAUAUAAACUCUGUAAAGGCUCUUUUGUGUUUCCAGCAAGGGUCAUCAGUUAAGUGCAGUGCAUCACUGCUCUGUUGUGUCAGGGUAGGCAGUGGUUUUUGCUGUGGAUGGUUCAGUGGGAGAGGGAUCCUCAACAGGGUCUUUGCAGGUGUGUUUGUACAGGUUGCAUUGCUCAGAACUCCAUAGAAACCCAUACACCCAGCACUAAUGGUGAGUUCUUCUGCCCUGAUUUCAAUAUUACCAGCUCUCCCUGACCCUGGCUCCUGGCUUUAGACUCUGGGAAGUUCUGCAGACAGCAGGUGUUCACCAGCAGAUUUUGCCUUCAAAACAAGGCUCUGUGUGCUGUUUUACUCAAGCCCAAGUUAUUUUAGAGGUGUUGGCAGCUCGCUUGUUGAUCUUACCCGGGAUACCCUUGCCUGUGGUGUGGGCACAGCAGUAUCUGCAUGCUCUAGUGUUUCUGUGUCACUGCUUAUUUGCUGUGUGGUCCUGGCUGGUGGUUGUAGUCCCCUGUCCAGUGACUUCUGAUCAGUCUGAUGUAGCUGUCUAACAUCUUGAUUUCUUUCCUAGGCUAGAGAAUUUGAUUAAAAGGGACAUGAGAGCAUGAAGAAUUGCACAGAUGCGCUCCCCGUGGUGGCACCUCCUACAGAUCUUACCUGGCAACCUACUGCUGCCUGGAAGGCAAUGACAAGGAACUGCUGUGGGCAGCAAAGGAACCUGGAGAUGAAGAAGUUGGUGAAAAUGAAGAGAGAGAAGCCUUGAAUUUUCAAGGUUUUGGUGCAAUUGCUCACCAAGAGCCUCAGUAAAAAAACACCAUAAACUGUUGUGGGAUGAGAAAGUUCCUGUCCUGGAUUAGUGACUACCUAGAAGGUUUUUCUUGAACUCUUCAGUGCACCACAGACCUGUUGUGUUUUGGGAUAUUCUACUUAAACCCUCGGAGGAAAAUCUGCCAACAGCCAAAAAUGACCUGAGUUGGAGAGCUGAUGCUUUUUCCACAGGAGCAGCUUCCAGUGGCCCAUUUGGAUGCACCGUACACUAUGGUUCACAUCAAUGUGUUGAAAAAGUUUAUGUGUGUUCUGGUGGUGAUACUGGUAGCACUGACGGUUUGCCUGUGGAGAGAGACAAGAAGAAGCUACUACAAUCCUUUCAAGAUCGAGAACGAUGACUUGAAGGGUCCAAGGAGUUCAGAAAAAUGGAACACUGUUAAAUCACAAGGACUUUUCCGUGAAGCAGCCAGUGAGUUGGGGCAGAUACCCAAAACAUGGCUCGGUACCCAAAACAAACCGAAAGGCGGCAUCUCUGGAACAGCCGAAAACUCCAAGAAAACAGCAACCUCUGUGAAGGUAUGGGAUAAGGACAGUUCAUCCAAAAAUCUCAUACCCAGGCUGCAGAAGGUCAGAAAAAACUACCUGGCCAUGAACAAGUACAAUGUGAGUUACAGUGGGAAGAGGAACGCUGCUAAGCUCAGCCCGGAGCAGCUGCUGUGCCAGCUGCGGGACAGGGUCAACGUGACCAUGAUACAGGGGUCAGAUGGCCCUUUUGGGACCUCUGAAUGGCAGCAGUACCUACCAGGGAAGAGCCUCAGUGAAGCAGUGGGCCACCUGGGUCGCUGUGCUGUCGUGUCUUCAGCUGGAUCUCUGAAAUCAUCUCGUCUGGGACAAGAGAUAGACAGCCACGAUGCCGUCCUGCGGUUCAAUGGGGCUCCUGUCAAGGGCUUUCAAGAUGACGUGGGGCAGAAGACAACAAUCCGUCUCGUGAAUUCCCAGCUUGUCACUGUUGAAGAGAAGCAGUUCCUGAGGGAAACGCUGUAUAACACUGGAAUCUUAAUUGUCUGGGAUCCAGCACCUUAUCAUGCAGAAAUUCAUGAGUGGUACAGAAAACCAGACUACAACUUUUUUGAAAGCUAUAAGGCGUAUCGUAGAACACACCCAGAGCAGCCCUUCUAUAUCCUGAAUCCAAAAAUGCAGUGGCAACUCUGGGAUAUUCUGCAGGAGAAUUCCCUGGAGCAUAUUCAGCCUAAUCCACCGUCAUCAGGAAUGCUUGGCAUCGUGAUCAUGAUGACGCUCUGUGACGAGGUGGACGUGUACGAGUUCCUCCCUUCCAAGCGCCAAACGGACAUUUGCCACUAUUACCAGAAGUUUCACGACCACGCCUGCACCAUGGGAGCUUACCACCCUCUGCUCUUCGAGAAGAACCUGGUGAAGCACAUGAACCAGGGCACAGACGAGGACAUCUACACUCAUGGCAAAGCCACUCUGCCCGGCUUCCGAAGAGUGCAUUGCUAACGGAUUGGUCUUUAGUUUUCCUUGACCGUCAAAGCACUUUUUAAAUCAGGGUUGUCAGAUUUGUUAGGUCUAAGCACUGGUGUGUUUUGGCAGCUCUUCCACGUAGCAGCGCUUGCUCUUAGGACUGGGUUGACCAGCUCUGUGAGGUGGUGUUAACUCACUGCGGUCCCUCCCCGCCGCAUCUGCACCAGCCACUGCAAUAAACUCAGUCCCCGUGGAGCCAGGCUCACGCAGUGGGUGGGUACCUCUGUCUGCCUCUCAGCCCAUGAGGGUGUGUGGGAGGUGCAGCAGGGGCUUGCUGAGCAGAGAUGGUACAAGUUGGUAUCAAAUGGUGAAUGCAGUUUCGUUUGCUUACAGGGGGUAAUGACAGCCAAAAACCUGCUCCACUGGAAAAUGAGAAAUCAUUUAAAAUUGGUUCCCAUAGUCCUAGGAGCUCUUCAGAGCAGGACUGAUCUGUGGAAAUGCUGUCAAGCUGUGUACUGAUAAGCUAAGUUCCUAGUCCAAAAUAUUUCAUUUUAUGAAUAGUUUGUAAAGUUACCUUGACAACUUCCUUCUGAAUUGUAAGACUUAUAAAACCACUCAGGUGACUUUUUUGGCCACGGAAGAGGGAGGCGAUUCACAAUUCAGUGAUUCUUGCAAGACUUUUAAACCUUUUUACUUUUUUUUAAAAAUAAUUUAAAAUAAAUUUUAGUGAACAUUUACUUCUCCAGUACAGUGUUGGGCUCGGCACAGAAGAACCCUUAUUUCAGAAAUGUUUUGGGGAAGAUGCUCCAAGGCACAAAUGGGAGAACUCACUGGAAGUCAGUACUUCUUUCCAGCUCUCUGCUGCUCUACCUUUGCAAUUGUUGGCAGAUCACUUGCUGUCCCCAGUAACACAAAUACCACAGAGCUGCUUCUAGAUGAGUUCCAGUCUUCUGCAAGCUACCAGAGGGAAUCUCAGCUGCUGUGUGCUUUUCUGAGUAGGUGGGGAGCAGAUUUAUUGCUUCCAUGCUUCAUGAGCUGUGGGGAGGGAGAGUGGGCUCUGCUUCUCGUGCUGAAACACAGGCAGAACUGAGAGGGGCAGCUUUUUCCUGCUCACGGGGGCUCCUGUGGCAGCAUGAUGGAAGUAGUAGCUCUGCAGUGUCUGUAUGUUGGUGAGAACACCUUCACUGUCUUCUAUACUGGUGUAUUUCAUCAGGUCUGUAGAGAAAGCUUUUUCUUCUCCUGUUUUGAAUAAAUCCUGUGAAGUCA